UUGUUGUGUUACAGAUUUCAAUCCGUUGGAUUAAAUGAUGGCUUCUCCUACGCCGUCUCUAGAUUCGUUAUCCGGAUUCAACACAUUCGGCCCGGACUACAAUAGAUCAUUGUCAUCCAGCCACUCACCAACUGACUCAGAUAGUAGCGGUUCGGGCGUAUCCACAGGUGGCAGUGGAACAAGCAACAAUACUGGUCCCCGCAAAUGUCAGUUGUGCCAUGAGAUAUUUUCAAAUCCGCGAGUGCUACCUUGCCUACAUACGUUCUGUCACGCGUGCCUAGAAAAUAACCAGGACCAACCAGAAAAGAUCACGUGCCCAAAUUGUCACCAAGAGUGUAUACUUACUAAUCGCGGAAUAUCCGGACUAUUGCCCGACUUUACUGUAAACGGCUCGAUCGAGAUCAAUCCAGACAAGUUCGCUGGCGUGUGCAAGGGCUGCAAGAAUCUCAACACAAACGUAGUUGCCUACUGUUACGAUUGCCAGCAAACAUUGUGUGCCAAUUGCAUGAUGGCCCAUCAAUUCAUGAACUGUUUCGAAGACCACCGUCUACAUGGUUUGACGUUCGAAAACGGCGACGACAACAAGAAUGCGUUCAUACCGACCAGUGUGGGUGACCGCGUGGUGUUUUGUUCCCGCCACAAGAACGAGCCGCUCAAGUACUUUUGCCGCACCUGCAACGUGCCAGUGUGUAAGGAGUGUACGCUGAGUGAUCAUCAGUUCAGUAUGCACGACGUGGAGCAUCUGAGCGACAUCGGUGUCAAGUUGUUGGACAUACUCAACGGCACGGUGCAGGAGAGCAAGGCUAAGGCGACCGACAUCCGCAACAUGGUAAAAAACAUCGAACACACUUCAAACAAAUUACAAGUUCAAUACCACAAGGCCCAGAACGAAAUCAACGAAACGUUCGCUUUUUAUCGGUCCAUGCUUGAAGAACGCAAACAGGAAUUGCUCAAAGAGGUGGAAAGUGUGUAUAGCGCCAAACAGUUGACGUUGAACGAAGCCUCGCAAAAAGGAUUGGAGGUGGUUGAUAAGAUCUACCAGACCGGAGAGUUUGUUGAUCGUUUGACCAAAAACGCCAAUGUAGUCGAAUGCUUGUUGUUCAAAAAACUGUUGGACUCAAAACUGCAAUCUUUGAUGAGCUACGAACCAGACAAUAGUGUGCAGAACAUCUGUGAUUUGGAAUUCGUGUCAAACUACCAGGCCAUCCAGGUGGGCGUGAGGAACACGUUUGGGUACGUGCGGUCCAGUACUGAACUCGGAGUUAUCGGACCUGGCAAACAGCCUCCGAUCGCCCGUCCGACUAACGGGUCGCUGAUGAACGGCAAUUCGACAAUCACAAACGGUUGCAUAAACGGCGGUAGCAAUGGAGUUGGAGGACCCACAGACCUUUUGCAGCACAACGGCACGGUCACUAACGGUGUAGUUGGCGGCGGAGGCGGUGGUGGAGUGAUCGAGCGGCCAUACUCCAACGGACUAUCGACUAGUCCUCUCUCAGGCCAGUAUGAUACAAACAAUAUACUUUCGAAGAGGUUCAACAGUGUGAACAGCAUGGGACCGUUCUCGGCCAGUUCGAUCGGCGAUCUCAACUUAAACGCUAUCGGAAACUUGAACGGCAUUAACGGCAUGGCUGGAAUGAACAACAUCAACCCGUAUGAAAAAUGGUCCAAUGGCGGCAGCGGUGACAUAUUUCAAAACGGCAGCGCUGACUUUCCGUUGAAUAUCGAUAACAACGACUCCAUACUCGACUUGUCCAGUAAAUUGUUCACCGCGUCCAUAUUCCCUCCCAAGUCGCAAAUUAAACGGCACAAGAUGAUUUAUCAUUGCAAAUUCGGUGAGUUCGGUGCCAUGGAGGGCCAGUUCACCGAGCCCAGUGGCGUUGCCGUAAAUGCGCAAAACGACAUAAUCGUAGCCGACACUAACAAUCACAGAAUUCAGAUAUUCGACAAAGAGGGCCGCUUUAAGUUCCAGUUUGGCGAGUGCGGUAAACGCGACGGACAACUAUUGUACCCGAAUCGUGUAGCCGUCGUCAAGCCGUCCGGUGACAUUAUCGUUACCGAGCGAUCGCCCACACACCAGAUCCAGAUCUACAAUCAGUACGGACAGUUCGUUCGCAAGUUCGGUGCCAACAUACUGCAACAUCCCCGUGGCAUCACAGUUGAUAACAAAGGGCGGAUUGUGGUGGUCGAAUGCAAAGUGAUGAGAGUCAUCAUUUUCGAUCAGGCUGGCAACGUUCUGGUCAAAUUCGGCUGUUCCAAACACUUGGAGUUCCCUAACGGCGUGGUCGUCAACGACAAACAAGAGAUCUUCAUAUCCGACAACCGUGCACACUGCGUCAAGGUGUUCAACUACGAGGGUCAGUACUUGAGACAGAUCGGCAGUCAAGGCAUCACCAACUACCCAAUCGGAGUAGGCAUAAAUGCCUCGGGCGAAAUUCUCAUUGCUGACAAUCACAACAAUUUCAAUCUGACCAUAUUUACUCAGGACGGACAAUUGGUGUCUGCUCUCGAGUCUAAAGUCAAACACGCCCAGUGUUUCGAUGUCGCUUUGAUGGACGACGGAUCCGUCGUGUUGGCCAGCAAAGAUUAUCGGCUGUACAUCUACCGUUACAUUCAAAUACCUCCGAUGUUAAUGUAGAUCUCAUUAUUAAGCAUUCCUAAAUUGAAUCAAGUCGCCAUGAAAAACACAAAACAAUUCUGUUAACAUUUUUUUUUUUUUAUUAUUUUUUACAAAAGUUGUUCGCUCUCUUUGUGUCACUGCUCAUCACAUAUUAUUUUGUUACGCAAACGAAAAUAAUGUCGCAGGUUUGUGUGCAUAUAUAUAUAUAUAUAUAUAUGUAUAUCAUUAUGUCCAUUUAUUAAAGCUCAUCAGGAGUGCAGUUACAUAAUUAUGUUUUUUUAUUGAUUGAGAAAAUUAUUAUUGUUUCAUUUUAGCCAAUUUACAGUGUAAACCUGUUACGUUUCGAGUACUUAAAAACCAUAAAUACCGAUUUAAAAAAAAAAAACAAAAAAAAAACAAAAAAAAAAAAUACAUGUUUAAUUAUGAUUUUUUUUUUUUUUUUUUUUUUACCACUAACUUAUAACGUUUUUAAUAUUUUAACUUCGCGGGGUUUUUAUUCUUUGAAUGUUUUUUUUAAUACAUAUUUUAUUGUAACCAGGUUAGAUUGAAAUUCUGAGACUUGUAAUUUGUAACUUACGGACUGUUAUUUUGUAUUAUUAUUAUGUGAAUUAAUUAUUAUUAUACAUAACUUUUAAAAAGUAGAAGAGAAAAUAGUUAGGCUAGCGAGUGUCUUUGUCCUCUUUAGUGCGCGAAACUUACUUAUUUUUGUUAUUAUUUUUGUAUUCAAUAAAUGUACUGAAAUCCCAGGAUAGUUUUCUUACCAAUAUGCCUUUAAACUAAAUUAAUUUUAAUUUUGUUUGAUUGUUUUUUUUUUUUAUAAUUUUUGUUAUUACAUCAAAGUAUCUGCUCUGAUUUGUUGAAGCGUUCCUUUCUAUGGGACUUUCCUAGUCAAAUUUCGGAUUCCGAGUCUCCUAUUUUUUUUCGCCACUUAAUGUAUUGAUGCUCGCACCAUAUUUUUUUAACCUGUAUUAUUUAAAAAAAAAAAAAACCACUUACCUAAAAAUUAUUUUUUAAGUUUAUCCUUUGAUUUUUGUUCUUUUCAAUAUUCGAAUUCAAAUAUUUUAGUACGUGUACAGGUUUACAAUAUUUUUUGUCCUAAUUAUACAUUUAUUAUAUAUAAUUACUUAUACUAGAAUUAUAUUAAUUACUAAAUCAAUUUUUGAGUAAGUGUGUAUAAUUCUCAUAAUUUGUGUUGUUAUUUUAUAUGAAUAAUCAAGCGUUGAGUUCUUAAUUAUAAUAUGUACAGACAAAAGGUACUAAAACAAAAAACAUUUUCAUUUAUUUUUUUUAUUUGGGAGUAAUAAUUGUUAUAGUGGGAUUUGCUCACUAGUUUUUGUUUUUCUUUGUCUAAGUAGUUAUUGGAUAUUUUUAUUGUUGAGUUUAAUUUUAGUUAAUUUUCUCCUUUUUAUAUUAAAGAAAAAUGUGCGGUAUUCCAUUCUUAGACUUUUUAUUCUUAAUCGAUUUUUUUGUACUUUCGUAUUCUUAUAGUUAAGGAUAAUAGUGUUUUCACAGUAUUUAAUUUUUUUUCUCUUUUUUUUUUUAUGCACUCCGAUAAAUUGAUAAGAUAACAUAGCUUUAAUGUAGUGUUUGUGUUUGUGUUUUACACGUUUUAUUAUUAUUUUUAUUAUUAUUAUUAUUUUUAUUAUUAUUAUUAUCAUUAUUAUUAUUAUUUUUAUUAUUAUUAUUAUUAUUAUUAUUAUUAUUAUUAUCAUUAUUAUUUUUGCAUUUUUAAUUGAUUUUUUCGAUAUUAUUAUUUAUUAUUGAGGAUUUAAUAUGAAUUAAUAAUGAGGCAUUUAGUUAGCUGAUGGCUUUGUAAACUUGCGCUUGUCCUCCAUUUAAGUUAUGAGAUUAGUUGCUAAAGUUCAUGUUAUCUCAAUCUAAAAACAAAUUAAAAUAAACAAAAUGUAAUAAUGUCUCGUUGACUAUUGGUUCAAUAAUGAAUAAUUUUGUUGCACAAUAUUAUUAUGUUUUAUCAGCAAAUAAUAUUAACAUUAUUAUUGUCUCCUAUAAUUAUUUUUUUGUACGACAAUUCGCAUUUUUGUUUUAUUUAUUUCUUAUUAUUUAUUUAUAUAUAUUUUUUUUUGUUUAAAGAUAAUUAUGAAAACUUGUUAUACAUUUUUUUUUUUAAAUAUAAUUUUUAUAAUACAUGAUAAUUAAUUUCGAAAACAUAUAUCCAACUUAUUUAUUUUAUUUAUCAAGUGAUGUCACUUUCCAAAUCAGUAACAUAGCUAUUAUACACCGUGAAGUUCUUCCAAAUAUCCUACUAACAUUUUUAUUACUUCCUGUAUGUACAUUCCAUGAUGAUUGGUUUUUUUUUUUUUUUUUAAUUAUAAGGUUAAACAAAAAUUAUCUAGUCAGUGAUUUCGUGUGAUUUUUUUUUUAGUAGAUUUUGUUUGCUUGACUUAAGGUAUAGUAGUGAGUAAUAGGUAUAUUAAGGUAAAUAAUAUACAUACUGUAUUUUUUUGGUUUAAUUAUAUUUUUUUUUUUUAUACAUUUUAUAUCGUAGUUUGAGUUAUACACACACACAAUAUUAUGGUAAUGAUGAUUAUGAAUAGUCUGUGAAACAAAAUAAUCUGGCUUAUUCAUUCUCAGUAGCCUAAGGUUAUCUAUAUUAGUACAUUGGUUUCACAUUUCCUAUAUUAUGGCCAUAUAGAGUCAUUGGGAUAACGCCAUUAUUGACAAUAUUAUGGCUUAUUAUAGUUGUAGCUCAUUUUUUUUUUUUUUUUUUUUUUUUUUUUUAUUUUAAUCGUGUAUAC